AGCAAGGGUUCAAUGUGUAUAAAAGGGAGGCCCAACAAUUUGCAAAUUUUUGUGUUCUUCACUUUUUCUGUCUUUUUCUUCUAUUGAUCCCACAUAUUCUCACAACAAAGAUUCAUCAAUAUGAGCAGUCGCAGACAUGGUAAUGGAUCCACUGUAGCGCACACUGAGGCCGCUAUGGAAGCCGGACGAGACUAUGAAAAUCCUAAUGAAGGACACAAGAAAAUGUACGACAACGUCGAGGACCUCAUGAAGAAGCGUGACGAGCCUAUCAAAAAGUCAUAUGACGAAUCCCGAGGCGCUCGUAUCGACCAAGAACUGGAAGAGGAAGAUCAACAACGCCUUGCCCAAAAGGAUCAGUCCAAGGAGGCACAUAAGCACAACAAACAACAUCAUUAUUAGGCUUUGAUUUUUCUGUAUCUCUAUCCUAUGUACAUAUAAUAAAGCAAAUCACAAGCUUUCUUUUCAUUUAUCG